AUGCGACAAGCACGUACCUUGCAGGGUUAUGCAAGCUUUUGUACAAGAGAAGAUAUCACCGUGACAUCCUCAGCGCCACCACCUGCAUAUCAAGCUCAGAGCACGACAAUAGGGUCUGACGACCUCGUGCGCGCACUACUCGACCGUGUAAGUCAGCUUGAAGCUAGACUACAGGAGCAAUAUAACAUCGUCUCGAGCGAAACACCGCUACCACCUGCGCAACUGGCUGAUAACCCAGCAAGUCCCGCAAAUGAUGAAGCGAUUACUUUAUCUACGGACAAUAACAUCACAUCACAAUCUGUGGAAACUGGUGAUGCAGCUACUGUGCUAGAAUUUCUGGCAUGGGGCCGUAAGAAGGAUGCCGAUUAUGGAACUUCGCCAGAACAUAACAGCGGGCCAAGACGACUGAGUGUCAGACACGAGGAUGGAGCGACCACCUCAAAUAUCCUAUGCGAAGCCAGCAGAGAUGCACAGCUUGAUGUACUCGAAUCGCUUCUUCCCGACAAGACUCACAUCAUACAACUUGUGGAGUACCACAAUACCUCCAUCUUAUGGUACCAUGGCUCCUAUUCUUCAGCGAUGUUCGGAAGUGACCUGGACCUUUUUAUGGGUGAAUAUGAAGGCAACGUUCGACAUGAGGACCUGAAUCUUCAAUGGCUAGGUUUGCUGUUCGCCAUCAUGACUGGAAGUAUUACAUGUGCACCAUCAUCUAUCUAUCGGUCUUGGGGAUUCUCAUCGGAGGAGCGCAUGGUCUUGUCUCAAAGGUGGUACGAAGCGACCGUGACAUGCCUCGAAGUUGCGGGUUAUAUCGAGACUCAUACGAUAUAUUCUGUCCAAGCUAUCGCGACUCUGACGAUUGCGGCUCACAUUCUAGGCAAGUCGAACAGCCAGUCAAUACUGCUUGCAUCAGCUGGUCGCAUCGCUCAAAGCCUCGGUCUACACCGCCUUGGACCAGAGAACGCAGCUGGGGCUACUUCAAAGGAGCAGCUGCGUCAACGUGAGGCCGGUCGACGGGUAUUCAAUCAGCUUUGCACGCAAGAUUGGUUCCAGAUUCCGUUCUCUGAGUCAUAUUCAUUGAACCCUCGCUUCUUCAAGACCUCGAAGCCUCUCAAUUGCAACGAUGAAGAUAUGGUACCCCUGCCGCUAUCUACUCCAACCCAGGCGAGCUAUUGUAACUAUCGUUAUGAUAUUGCGGCACUUAUGCCGCAGCUAUUGGAUGCAAUGACAGGCUGCAACACGCUUUUCACAAAGUAUGAGCAGGUGCUGCGGUACGACGAGAAGAUGCGCAAGCUUGCUACCGCAUGUAUGCCUACAUUCCUCUCAAACAAUGCGCCUGUAGCAACGGGCUGGCCUAUUUAUGUUGGAUGGGCCAGACGCUCAUUGGCUAUAUGCGCCUCGCACAAGAUCAUCAUGGGGCCGACGCUGUGGAUUGAGCAAGCUUUCUCCGUCGCAGCGGGGAUCAUUCUCAGCCUCGAUGCAUUUCACCGGUCGGCCAUUGAAAGGGAAUUUGAGGAACACAAAAAACUUGUCGAAGACGCAAUCAGCUACUUGAGGACGUUUGAAGACAGCAAGAUAGCUUCACGUGGUGUGCAGUUGCUAUCUGGCUUGCAGCGUGAACUCCAGGAUGGAGGAAGCGUCAACUCCAGGAAGCGCCAACAGCCUGCAGAAUUCGGCGAACUGGCUCCCUCGUUUAGCAAGAGAGCACGUACGUUUAACGUGGAAAGCUUUAUCAACAACGUAUCUAGAGACUUGCAAGUAACAACCCCGACUUCUUCGACCGCAGAUGUCCCUGCAAAUGUAGGAGAUACUUCAUGGAAUUCCUUCAUGAAUUUGUUACCACUACAAACUGGGUUCGGGGGACAAAGUCUGUUCGAUGAUCUGCUUUCAUUCCAGUUCUAA